AUGAAGAAGAAGGAGAACGAUGAUAGAGAAGGAGAAGAAAAUAGGAAGAAGAAAAGCAGGGAAAGGGACAAGAAAGGGACAGCAAGAAAAGAAGAAGAAGAAGAAGAAGAAGAAGAAGAAAAGCGGAGAAAGGAGCAGCGAGAAAAGAAGAAGGAAAAGCAAGAAAAAGAGGAGAAGAAAAAGCUAGAAAAAGAGCAUAAGAAAAAGCAAGGAAAGAAGAAGAAUACUGGAAGAAGAAAAGUAGAAAAAGCAACAGCAAGCGAAGACGAAGAAAUAGGAGAAGAAUGGAACGGCAGGAGCAGAGGUAAAAGAAUACGUUGGGAGUUUCUCACGUCCGUUUUAGGCGGAGCGCACAAUGCGAUUCUCAUGAAGAAUGCAGAGUCGACAAGGAUACCGGCUCAUUCGUAUUAG